CAGCGAACGUGGCAGCAGCGAACGUAAAGCAAAGCAAAGCAAAGCAAAAUCAAAUCAAAAGCCAAAAGCAAAAACUCACCAAUCGAAGCAAAGCGAAGCGAAUCGGCCAACACAAAACUCUGGCCCAAACAGUCAAAGUCAGAAAGUUUUUAAAGAUAGUUCAUCAAGUGCUCGCUAUCAUAAAAUAAAUUCAAUUUCGAUUUCAAUUUCAAUUAUCUGGCGAAGCGGCGCCAACUAAGCCAAGUUAAUUAAAUUGAGUAAAUUUCGUUGUCGCGCUUUCAUUUUCAUUUUCGUUAAACGAUCGCGCGCUGUAAAAGCAAAAAAGCGAAACAAAAACAAAAAUCAAGAGUUUCGCCUACAAAAGAAAUGCUAAACAAUUGCCGUUAAGUGAAAUUGUCAUUGUUAGUUGCGGACAGUAUAACAGAUUUAUAGCGGUGUAUAGCGGCAUUUGCGCAAUUGUGAACGGCUCGAUCGAUACGAAACGAAAUAUCGAACAUCGAGGCGAAUUUUUAUGGUCAAGGGUCUGCGUCUCUGACCAUUGUGCAACUCCCAGCCACUUAACCUUAACAAUCAUUAUUUGGCAAUAAAAAACAUUUGGCACAAUCAUUUCGUUCAAGUGUGCCCAAGUACGUCUCGAAUACCCCACAAAACACCGCCGAAGCCCCAAUCGCACUUUUACCCCGCAAAACGAAAGCAACGAACCCACGCGGCGCUAAACUCGAGUAGCCGCAGCAGCAUCAGCAGCAGUAGCCAAAGACAGAAGAGGAAGAACGGAGAAGAAAGAGACACACGAGAAAUAGUGCAAAAUGGUUGAGAAGACAGACAUGUCGAAAUUCGUUGGCGUUGCCGACAUCACGGAGAACAAGAAAAUCUGGCGCAUGCUGCUCGGCGAGCUGGUGGGCACAUUUUUGCUGGUAUUCAUUGGCGUUGGCAGCACGGCGACCGGAAGUGCGACAGUGCCGCAGAUAGCGUUCACCUUUGGCUUGACGGUGGCCACAUUGGCACAGGGUCUUGGACAUAUCAGCGGCUGCCACAUCAAUCCGGCCGUCACCAUCGGCUUCUUGAUCGUCGGCGAGAUGAGCAUUCUGAAGGCGGCCUUCUACAUAAUCGUUCAGUGCGUGGGCGCCAUUGCCGGAGCAGCUGUCAUCCGGGCAGCUCUCAGCGGAAUACUAACCACCGGACUCGGCGUUUCCUCAUUUAAUGCCUCGCUGGAUGUGGGUCAGGUGGUGUUGAUCGAGGCGCUGAUCACGUUCAUUCUGGUGUUUGUGGUCAAGGCCGUGUCCGAUCCGGGUCGCCAGGACAUCAAGGGAUCGGCUCCAUUGGCUGUGGGCCUGUCCAUUGCAGCGGGACAUUUGUGUGCGAUUAAUCUCACUGGUGCCAGCAUGAAUCCAGCUCGCUCCUUCGGACCAGCCGUCGUCCAGGGCAUGUGGACUGACCACUGGGUCUACUGGGUGGGACCCAUUGUGGGCGGCAUUGUUGCUGCCAUCAUCUACAAGUUCAUCUUCAAAGUGCGCAAAGGCGACGAUGAAGCCAACUCUUACGACUUUUAAGGCCACUCAAUUAUCUCUCUGCCUUUCUCUCUCUCUCUCUUUCUCUCUCUUUCUCUCCCUCUCUCUCUCUCUCUA